AUGAUUGAGGAUAACCACUCCUGGACAAAUGAAUUUAUCCUCAUAGGAUUUAGUAAUCACCCAGAGCUGAGGACCCUUCUGUUUCUGGUGUUCCUUACCAUCUACCUGAUCACCAUGGUGGGAAACCUUGGUCUGGUGGCACUGAUAUUUACUGAGCCUCGUCUUCACACACCAAUGUAUAUCUUUCUGGGUAACCUUGCUCUGAUGGAUUCCUGUUGUUCCAGUGCCAUCACCCCCAAGAUGCUACAGAACUUCUUUUCCAAGGACAGAAUCGUUUCCCUCUAUGAAUGCAUGGCACAAUUUUAUUUUCUCUGCUUUGCUGAAACUGCAGACAGCUUCCUCCUGGCAGCCAUGUCCUAUGAUCGCUAUGUGGCCAUCUGCAACCCACUGCAGUACCACACCAGGAUGUCAAAAAAUCUCUGCCUUCAAAUGACCACAGGCGCCUACAUAGUUGCAAUUGUGCAUCCCAUGAUUCAUACAGGCUUUCUCUUUAGGUUAACUUUCUUUUUAAUCGUCACUAUUACCUUGGUAGUAAUCUCUUACCUUUUCAUCCUUUUCACAAUUUUCACAAUGAAAUACAACAAAGGCAGGGGCAAAGCCUUAUCUACUUGUGCAUCCCACUUUCUCUCUGUCUCCAUAUUCUAUGGUUCACUUAUCUUCAUGUAUGUUCGGCUAAAUUCAG